AUGUUUGCAAUCACGUUGAUUGCCGCCAGCUUGACUGUUGUCAGCGCAGUACAUUGGUCAAGUCUACGCGACGCUCAGCAACUGCCCAAACCAGCUGCCAUCCUGACUGCGCCGCCCACAGCUACGGCCAGCUUGUCAGUCCUGCCAGACGGCAUCACUGCAGACCCAGAGGAGCUACGGCGGCGAGAUCAGACCCAUACACUCGAAACCGUGUAUACGUACGAAACGCUGGUUCAAGGUGGAUAUACCUGGCUCUCGACAUUGGGUUCCCUGUGUGGUUUCGUAACCGGUGACAUUCACUGGGCCCUAUAUUGUGACCAAGGACAGUAUUGUUUCACCAAUGGCGCUGUGUUGCAAUGCUGCUCGACAACCGCCGAGAGCUACUGGACAUCGACGGCGUACUACACCGCUACAGACACAGACAGGAAUACGUUGACCACGACCUCCGUCUCCACAGGGUUGGAACCCGUGUCUGAGGCGUAUGGUAGCAACUGCACUGCCAUGGCCUCGACAUGCUACAACUACAACGCCACCGCCAGCUGCACUGGCAGCUGUACCUCGACGGCGCUGGUGUGCAAUGAUCCUUAUUUCCCCUACUGCGCGUCCAUCUACAGCGGCGGUUACAGCCCCAGCGCCGUGGGGACGAGCACAGCCUACCUCCCCGAGCAAUACGGCCUCAGCUAUUUCUGCGACACCGCGGCAUAUGGCUUGGUAUACGGCAAUACUGGAGACUGGCCGUCAGUCACCAGCACCUAUCUCUCCACGGUUAACUAUGCCACCAGUACAGCCCCGACCUUCACCCCGAACGUGGUGCCCUACAGUCGAACCCAAGCAUCACGCCCGGCGUCCCAAGCCAUUCUUGGCCCGACCUCGACCACGUCGACUGCCACUUCUUCUCGCAUCUUGGCCCCAGCCGCAGAAAUGCUUGCUGUCGUAUCUCUCCUAGCUCUUGGCUACCUGCUAGCAUGA